CCGACCUGCAGAGACCAACAAUCAGGAUGGAAACGAGAAUGAUUUUUCCUUUGCUGCUCUUAGUCUGCUCUGUCUGUCCUGCUCAGCUUCAAACUGUCUCUGACAAGGACAUCGUUUCACCUGCAGCACAGGUAGGAGAAGCAGAACAUCUCUCUGGGACCCAGCAGACCUGCACCCAGGACAUCAACGCUGUCCUCAGAGAGAUGAGCGCCUGCUUGGCUGAACUAAGGGUGGAGGUGAGACAUCUGCAGAAAGAUAAUGAAGCUCAGGCAGAAGAAUUGAUGACAGUUAAAGCCAAGGUGGACAUCACUGAAAACCAGGUGGAGGCUCUGAAGAGAGAAGGAGAAGCUCAGGCAGCAGAACUGGUCACAGUUAAAGUCAAAGCCAACGUUACUGCAGACCAUGUGGAAGCUCUGCAGAGAGACGGAGAAGUAAAACGCCUGGCUUUCUCAGCAUCUUUGUUUACAUCAGGCUCAGGAAACUUUGGACCAUUCAAUACACACACAACUCUGGUCUUUGGGCAUGUUGUAACUAAUAUUGGAAAUGCCUACAGCCCAAGUACAGGACUGUUCACUGCACCAGUGAGAGGAGUUUACCACUUUGAGUUUCACUUAUAUGGGCAUGGAAGUUCUUCAAGCCCAACAUCGGCUGUUUUGGUCCGAAAUGGAGAGGAAAUCAUUGCAACAUAUGAAAAUCAGCCCUCCGGUGGUCAGAAGACUUCUAAUGGAGUCACACCGCUGUUAAAUGUUGGGGAUAGUGUAUUUAUGCGUAUGCGGGCAAACUCCUGGAUUCAUGACAAUCCAGAUCAUCAUACCACCUUUAGUGGUCAUCUGCUUUUCACCAUGUAAAUCAAAAGAGUUUUCUUUAUAAAGAUUGUCAACAAAAAUUAGGUGAAAGUAAACUGCAUUAUG